UUCCCGACACCCCUCCUCCCCUGUCUUUUCCUUCCCGCCUCUCUCUCUCUCGCUCUCACACACACACACACUGGAGUUCUCCGUUCUUUAUAGGGAGGAGCUUAGAUUAAAAGGCGAGAAGGCUCCAAAAGAUUCGAUUUUAAGGUGGUUGUCUCCAUUGGCGAGCUCCGUUCUUCGUAAAGCCAGUUUGAUUCGAUCAAAGAUCGAGCGUUUUGUCAAGAAUAGAUAGGAAAAGGAUCCUUGAGCGGAAAAGAAGCCCAGUCAACAGGGCUGCUGCCGUCUCGUCAGCAAUAUAAAUGGACCCCACAACGACGUCUCCUUCGAUGCUGGCGAGGACCUUCACCAAGAUCCUCCGCUUCGGCCGUGCCUCCACCAUCUCUGGUCAUGAAGGCAUGGAAUCUAGCAAAGAUGACAGACCCCAUAAACUCAAGUUCUCAAAAAGCCUGGAAGGAUACUCUUCUGUUCUUUCUGAACCCCAUUAUGGCAAAGGCAAAGAGGAGCAGCAGCAGCAGCAGAAACUGAGCAAUGACAAAGAAACCAUGGAAUCACUCCUUUCCAAUCUGUUUGCUAGAAUUUCAGCAAUCAAAGCAGCAUAUGCCCAGCUUCAAUUUGCCCAAUCUCCAUAUGAUCCAGACUCCAUCCAAUCUGCCGACCAGGCUGUGGUCACUGAGCUCAGGAACCUCUCGGAGUUGAAGCAUAUCUACAUCAAUAACCAGUAUGAUAUCCAUCCUCUCAUUGACUCCAAGUCGCCACUCGACGCCCAGGUCCAGGAGCAGCGAAACCUUCUGAAGACCUACAAGAUCACCACCAGAAAGCUCGAUUCCGACCUCAACUUCAAGGAGUCCACGAUUCUCUCCCUCCAAGCUGAGCUGCUGGAACUAGAUAACCAGAACAAGUCCCUGAAGGCCAAGCUUCAACCUGGCCGCUGCUCGAUGUCCAGCCUUGAUGACCUCCAUCUUUCUGGGCUGAACUCCAACCAUUUCCUCACUGUGCUCCAGUGUGCAGUUAAAUCAAUCAGGUCCUUUGUCAAGCUAAUGGUGCAAGAGAUGGAGGCUGCCAGAUGGGAUCUUGACGCUGCUGCUGCAGCUAUACACCCUGCUGUGGUACUGUGGAAGCCAGAGCAUAGGAUUUUCGCCUUCGAAUCCUACAUCUGUCAGAAGAUAUUCUCCGAUUUCCACCAUUGCGAUUACAGCCUCAGCUCAUUGAAGGAUCGCACAAAUUGGAACCAGCAGCAGUUCUUUGAUGAGUUUGUCAAGCUCAAAUCAUUGAAGACAAAGCAAGUUCUUGAUGGAAAGGUGGCAGCAGCAUCAGGGUUGUGGAAUUUCUGUAGGGCCAAGUAUUUGAGGUUGGUGCACCAGACAAUGGAGGUGGCCUUCUUUGGCGGUCUAAAUCACAGGUCUCUUGUGAUCUCUGGCCGGGGGUUUCCUGACUCAGAAUUCUUCUUGGUGUUCGCCGAGAUGGCGAGGCGGGUGUGGCUCUUGCACUGCAUGUUCUUCUCAUUCGGGAUGGAGAUGGAAGCAUCCAUCUUUCAGGUGAGGCGGGGGUGCCGGCUCUCCGAGGUGUACAUGGAGAACGUGGUGGUGGGUGGUGCUGGUGUGCAGCCGGCGGUGGGCUUCACGGUGGUCCCGGGAUUCAAGUUGGGGAAGAAGGUCAUACAAAGCAAGGUCUAUCCUUUGGGUGGGAAGCUGAAUGGAAGGUCAUGAUUCCGCCAUGGGAAGUGCCAAGGUCCCUCUGGUGGCUGUCCAAGUGUCUAUCUCAUUCACCGAGCCAAUCUUUCUGGUUGUUGAUGCGAAAACGCAGACAUCAAACAGCCCUCUAAGCUGAUAUGUCAAGCCAUUAUUCGAGGUCAGUGUGGACCCAAGAAGCCAUGUUGGCAGCUUACCAAUAAUAGUGUGACAUGUCGGCUUGGAAGGCUUGUUGCUAUCUGGUGCUGAAGCAAGGUCUACUACAUAUUAUUUCCUAGUGGUUAGUCUGUGUAUAACGGAUAAUGAUAGAUGUUAUAAUUAAUAAUUAUAUAAAGAGAGAUGAUAGUUUGUGAAA